AAGGGUCUCCGGACGAUGUAGUAUUUUCAAUGGAGGUACUUCGAUCUACUGCUGAAUCCCUUUUUUCUGAACGGCAAGAAUCACUGAAGAGCUCUAUAUCUUCCGAUACUUCGACACCGUCAUGGGCCGAUCCGCUUCAGAUCUUCUAUACAGGCGAGGAUCCGCUGUGUGAUUUGGUACUCGAAGGAUUAGGACUGGGGAAUACUGAUCUGCCCGUUAUCGUAAUAUUGGAUGCAACUGUUUCUAGAAUGUGCAUUUGUGAGAAGCCAGAUGUUAGUGCAGAGAUUGUUGCUGAAUUUGUGGCUGAUUACAAGAAUGGAAAAUUAAAUAUGGUACCACUGCCAUCAAUGUGUCAGGUGAGGUGUCAGGGAACCAAGUAUUUUCGAUUUAUGAUUUUGUUAGUGCCGGGAUUAUUUUUAUGUGUUUUUAUGCGUUUUUGCUUAUAUGCAAAUGCAACCCAGGCUGGAACGCACCAGGCGAGCCGGUGCGAUCAUGCGUUCUCAAAAACUUGAAU